AUGUCUCUCAGCGGAAAGGUAUAUGCCGUGACAGGCGGUGCAAGCGGCAUCGGCCUUGCCACAGCCAAGCUCAUCUCAGAAUGUGCGGGAACUGUCUGCAUCGCUGACGUUAACACUGCUGCCCUGAAAGAAGUCGAGGCCUAUUUGAAUUCGAAAUCGCCAAAGCCUCUGUAUUCAGUGAAUCAAGUCGAUGUGUCCAAGAAGGAUCAAGUAGAAAGCUGGAUUGCCGGUAUCAAAACGCAGUUCGGUCGGCUAGAUGGAGCAGCAAACAUUGCCGGCAUCAUUGGAGAAGGCCAUGGAGUCCAGCCUCUUACGGAGCUUGAAGACGAUGAGUGGUUUAAAAUACUGAAUGUCAAUCUAACUGGUAUGAUGUAUUGCCUUCGUUCGGAAUUGAACCACAUUGAGGAUGGCGGAUCAAUCGUCAACAUGGCUUCUAUACACGCCACAACUGGCGUAGCAAACCAUGCUGCUUACGCCGCAAGUAAGCACGGAGUCUUGGGCCUCACUCGCGUCGCCGCCAAAGAAAAUGGUCAUCGAGAAGUACGCGUCAAUGCAGUUGCUCCGGGGCCAAUCUAUACUCCCUUGAUGCAAGGGUAUUGGGACCGGACAGCAAGGCCAGCCGAUGCUCCCUUUGACGAGCCCAUUGCAUUUCGACGCCAGGGGACUGCUGAAGAGGUAGCAAAAGUAGUUGUCUUCUUACUUGGACCAGAGAGCAGUUUUGUCAGCGGCAGCUGUUAUUCGGUUGAUGGCGCCUGGAUAUAG